ACGUUGUUCAUUUCCGGGUUGAGGUCAGACUAUGUGACUCCUAAGGUUCAUCCUACCAUAAAGACGUUUUUUCCUGAUUCCAUAAUUGUCGAAUUAGACACUGGCCACUGGGGUAAUGAAGG